UGACUCCGUCCGUAUUUGGAUUUCUGCACGAAAGUAUUUUCGCCGCCGGUUCUCUCUACUACGCUCAGAUUUCAUAUUCUCUCUCCCUCCCUCUCUCUCUCUCUCUCUCUCCGGUCUCUCCUCGUCUCUUCCGUCCAUUUUUCCAGCGCCGUUUUCAUCUUCGACUACUCGCUACGAAAGGAUUUCGGUCGCCGGGGAGUUGUCUCCGAUUGCUGGGAAAUCGCUUUUCGCAAGAAUUUCUGAGCAUUACAGCUGUUACCAGUCGAACAGUUGCGGGUUUUUCCUUGAGUAGUAGCUGAAAUCGGUCGAAUUUUACGUGAACUCUGAGAACGAGUGGUUAGGGUUUCGAAUUCCGUAGAGAUUCGCAGAUCUGCACAGUUUGUGGAGCUAAACGGAGUGGCUUUGCGUUUUUUUACCUUUUUUUCUUUGAAGACAGUUUCACUUUUCGUCGGACGACUUGAUAUACAUAGUGUGCGACGGUCUGGGUGUGGUUUGAACGGCGGAGUUUGAUGGUUAAGGCGGUGGGGACUUCACGCCUUCUUGUUUGUUUAUGAUGACCGGUGCUCCAGGGAGCGUUCGGAGAGGGUGGCGGUUCGGCGAACAUCUCACAUGGAAUGGCAGAUCUUGUUAGCUACGGUAAUGCCGAGCGAGACAUCGAGCAGGCUUUGAUUGCUUUGAAGAAAGGUGCUCAACUUCUGAAGUAUGGUCGGAAAGGAAAGCCAAAGUUUUGUCCCUUCCGACUUUCUAAUGAUGAGACAUUUUUGAUCUGGAUAUCAAAUGGUGGUGAAAAACGUCUGAAGAUAUCUUCCGUCUCUAGGAUUGUUCCAGGACAAAGAACUGCUGUUUUCCAACGUUACCUCCGUCCUGAAAAGGAUUAUUUAUCUUUUUCUCUCAUAUACAACAACGCGAAGCGGACACUUGAUUUGAUCUGCAAGGACAAAGUUGAGGCAGAAGUGUGGAUAGCAGGCCUCAAAGCUUUGAUAUCAGGUCAGGGUGGGCGCUCAAAGAUUGAUGGCUGGAGUGAUGGAGGUCUCUCCAUCGCUGACAGCAGAGACUUGACAUUAGGUAGUUCUGCCAACAGCUCGGUUAGUGCUUCUCGAGAUUUCAGCAUUGCUGAGGCCUUUUCUGACAAUUCAAUCAGUCUUCCAGAACCUUCUAGACCUGAGAAUUCUGUCAAUUUUGGGAGGUCACAUGUAGCAUCUGAUAGCCCCAACAUGAUAGCAAGAGGAUCUGGGUCAGAUGUGUUUCGGGUUAGUGUAUCUAGUGCGCAAAGUACCUCAAGUCAUGGUUCUGUCCCAGAUGACUGUGAUGCCCUAGGUGAUGUUUAUAUAUGGGGUGAGGUGAUAUGCGAUCAUGCUUUUAAAGUAGAGGCCAGUAAAAAUGUGAAUUAUGUCACUUCAAGAUCUGAUGUUCUACUUCCAAGGCCAUUGGAGUCCAACGUAGUUUUGGAUGUACACCAUAUUGCAUGUGGCGUAAGGCAUGCCGCUCUUGUGACUAGACAAGGUGAGGUUUUUACAUGGGGCGAAGAAUCUGGAGGACGACUUGGCCAUGGGAAUGGAAAAGAUGUUACUGGACCACAACUUAUUGAGUCCCUAGCUGCUACCGGUGUCGAUUUUGUUGCCUGUGGUGAGUUCCAUACAUGUGCUGUUACAAUGACGGGAGAGGUUUAUACAUGGGGUGAUGGAACACACAAUGCAGGGCUUCUUGGCCAUGGCACUGAUGUAAGUCAUUGGAUACCUAAGAGAAUCUCCGGACCUCUUGAAGGUCUACAAGUUGCUUCAGUGACCUGUGGACCAUGGCACACUGCGUUGAUAACAUCAAUUGGACAGCUCUUUACUUUUGGCGAUGGGACAUUCGGUGUUUUGGGGCACGGUGAUAGAGAAACUGUAUUUUACCCGAGAGAAGUUGAAUCCUUAUCUGGGCUUAGAACAAUUGCCGUCGCAUGUGGUGUAUGGCAUACUGCUGCAGUAGUUGAAGUCAUUGUUACUCAGUCAAGUUCAAGUAUUUCAUCAGGAAAGCUUUUCACCUGGGGUGAUGGAGAUAAAAACCGUCUUGGACAUGGAGAUAAAGAGCUUCGUCUUAAACCCACAUGUGUACCAGCUCUGAUUGAUUAUAAUUUUCACAGAGUUGCAUGUGGACAUAGUUUGACAGUCGCCUUGACCACUUCAGGAAAUGUUUUUACUAUGGGAAGUGUGGUUUAUGGUCAAUUAGGGAAUCCCCUUGCUGAUGGGAAGCUUCCUUGCUUAGUAGAAGACGGGCUCACUAACGAGUGUGUCGAAGAAGUAGCCUGUGGUGCAUAUCAUGUAGCAGUUUUAACAUCUAGGAAUGAAGUGUACACAUGGGGCAAGGGUGCCAAUGGGCGAUUAGGUCAUGGAGAUAUCACAGACCGAAAAACACCGACUCUUGUCGAUGCUUUGAAAGAUAGACACGUAAAAUAUGUCGCAUGUGGUUCAAACUAUACAGCAGCGAUAUGUCUUCAUAAAUGGGUUUCUGGUGCUGAGCAAUCUCAAUGUUCUGCAUGUAGACAGGCUUUCGGGUUCACACGGAAAAGACACAACUGCUACAACUGCGGUCUCGUCCAUUGUCAUUCCUGCAGUUCUAAGAAAGCUCUGAGAGCUGCCUUGGCUCCUAACCCUGGAAAGCCCUACCGGGUCUGUGAUUUGUGUUACAUUAAACUGAGCAAAGUGGUAGAAGCUAGCACUAAUAGCAAGAAGAACACGAUGCCGCGUCUUUCCGGUGAGAACAAGGACAGAUUGGACAAAGCCGAGAUAAGACUGGCUAAGUCUGGAUUGCCUUCAAAUAUAGAUUUGAUCAAGCAGUUGGAUAGCAAGGCAGCUAGACAAGGAAAGAAAUCAGAGACUUUCUCACUUGUUCGCACUUCUCAAACGCCUCUGUCAAGUACGGGUGAUAUGAGGCGUGUGCCUCCAAAGCCAUCGGCUACUCCAUCUGCAGUAAGCUCCAGAUCUGUGUCACCUUUCUCAAGGAGAUCUAGUCCUCCUCGUUCGGUUACUCCCAUUCCUUCGACAACUGGUCUCGCUUUCUCAACAAGUAUUUCUGAGAGUUUGAACAAGACUAAUGAGCUUCUGAAUCAAGAAGUUCUCAAGUUGCGUGCCCAGGUUGAGAGCCUGAGACACAGAUGCGAGGUCCAAGAAUACGAGCUUCAGAAAUCUGCAAUGAGAGUUCAAGAAGCAAUGGCUGUGGUUUCAGAGGAAUCUGCUAAAUCAAAAGCUGCAAAAGACGUGAUAAAGUCCCUUACAGCACAGGUCCUAAAGGAAAUGGCUGAGCGCCUACCACCGGGAUCAUACGAAGCCGAGACCGCCCAUCUGCUUAACGGAUUUGAGCAAAAUGGUUUUCAUUUUGACGAUGCAAACGGACAGCGUCCAUCACAGUCUGAUUCAAUUAGCGGCGACAGCUCACUGGCUUCACCAUUAGCUGCCAGCACUGCUUCACUCAACAGGUUCUGGCCGAAUUCCCUGUCUCCGAGGAAUGAUGGAAUCCGCACGAGUAAUGGUUUCUCGGGAGGUAUUGAAAGCAACCAACCUUUACCUUUCCAAGACAGCGUAAAGGCGAGAAACGUAGAAUCGGAGGCAAGUGCUCCGCAAGUGGAAGCCGAGUGGAUCGAGCAAUACGAACCCGGCAUUUACAUAACACUCGUGGCACUUCGCGAUGGAACCAGGGAUCUAAAACGCGUGCGUUUCAGCCGGAGAAGAUUCAGGGAGCAACAAGCCGAGGCGUGGUGGUCCGAGAACCGGGAAAAGGUGUACGACAAGUACAACAUUCGGGGUUCGGAUCGGUCCUCAACGGCUCAGUCACCCACCUUCCUAACAUGAUGAACACAGCGGCUAAGAAAGAAAUUGAUUUUUUUUAUAUAUAAUUUUUUUUUUGUCAUUAACCUCAGAAUGUGGAUGUAGAAGAAUUCCGAUCACCAGCGUGUAUAUAUAGAGAAAUUCCUUCGUCUUUUGGAAUAUGAUAUAAUUAAUAUUUGUUAAUCUA